ACACCGCCUACUCGUCGUUGGGAAUGAGCAGGGCAGAACGAUCCGAUGCGGGCCAUGUCGAGAUGAUGAUCCCAGUGGGUUUGUGACAAUUCCAGCCCUGCGGACUUUCGGUGGGAUUGUGUGUGUGCUUUAGAGGAUUGAUUGAUGCAGGAAGGGCACUUGGUGUUGCAGUCGUUGGCCAGGGUGUAUGAGGCCACAUUCGGGGAGAUGCCGUCCUCGGCUUUGCAGAGCCAUGGGGGGGUCGGUCUGGGGGUGGCAGUCACGGCCGUGGCUGGAGUGGUCGUCGUCGCGGCCGUGGGCGGGUUGAUCUACUACAACGAAGGGAAGUUGCCGUUCGAACUGUCGUUUUCCUCUCGACGGUCCCAUUCGCCUCUGAAUGAGCAGAAGUGGGUCGCUUUCUUCGACCACGACCAAGGGAGGCUGUUGGACGGCGGAGAUCAGGUUAUAUAUAAGGUGCGAGGUGGGGGUAUCGAUCCCAACAUUCGGGCGCAGGUAUGGCCGUUUCUGCUUGGCGUGUAUGAAUUAGGCAGUAGUUUGGACGAGCGGGAUGCCGAAAAAGCAACGAAAUUGGAGGAGUACGAGGAGCUCCGAGCUCAGUGUGUCAACGUUGUUAAAUCCCUAAAUCGGGAGAGUGAGGGUGGUGAUGAGGCGAAGGAUGAAGGUGCAGAAGAGAGUGUCGUGGAUGGGGGUGGUGGUGAGCAGGCGGAUGAUAAAAAGAAGGGUAGUUCUGAGGGCGCUGGGAAAUCUGUGGGGAAGAGGCCGAGGGAGGAAGAGGAUUUUCAGACUUGGCAACGAAUCAUUAGGUUGGAUGCAGUCCGAAUGAACGCAGAGUGGAUUCCAUAUGCAGAGACUCAGGCUCAUGUCACGUUUGAAGAAGCAGCCCGGCUGUCUAAAGUAGCUGGGUUACAGGAUGACGAGCAUUUGGAGCCACCUAGGAGACACCAUGCCGCACGGUUGGUCCUUAUACUUGAGGCUUACACUAUCUACGAUCCUAAAACAGGAUAUUGCCAGGGAAUGAGUGAUCUUCUUUCACCUUUUGUAGCCCUAAUUGAUGACGAUUACGAAGCAUUUUGGUGUUUCGUUAGGUUCAUGAAAGUUGCGCGUCAUAACUUUCGCUUAGACGAAGUCGGCAUCCGUCGGCAACUGAACUUGGUCAGUGCCAUCAUCAAGGCUGCUGAUCCUCUGCUUUUCCAACAUCUGACGAGCUUGGGGUGUGAGGACUGUACUUUCAUCUACCGAAUGGUGGUAGUGCUCAUGCGCAGAGAGCUGAGCUUCGAACAUACCCUUUGUUUGUGGGAAGUCAUGUGGGCUGAUUGGGCUGCCAUUGGUACUAUGAAAGGGGGCCCCGACGGGAGGAAAAGGGACAGGUUAGGUCCACCUUCUCGAGAUUUAUUGCUUUAUGUUAUUGCGGCUGCUGUGCGAAACAAGAGGACAAAAAUUCUCCAAAGCAGCGGUAUGGAUGAGCUAGUAAGGGAGUGCAAUGACAUGGCGGGUAAAUUGGAGAUAUGGAAGCUGCUUGCGGACGCUAGGGAGCUUGUACGCUUGGUGCAGCAUAAGGUCACUGAGAGUGUUCAGUGAGAUCCCUGUCAUGUCAUGAUUGAUUCCUUGUCGGCCUAAAGUUUAGUUAUAACAGAUCUGUUCAUAAUUCUUUUUGUUAAGAUAAUGAGUUUAUGCUUUUCUUUUCUUUUCUUUUUCAUCGCAUUCUUUGUCAUCAGUGCUCAUAACUGAGCAGGCGUGUACAUCUUGAAAGUCAUUAACAGCUCGUUAGAUGUCAAUGAGAACGUGUUUCUUUCUGUGGUUCAAUGUGUCGAACUACUUUUAACUCCGAGCUUGCGGCAGACGAGAGCUGAUGAUGUCUUUGCUGUGACGUGAAAAUUGCAAUGAUGUGAUUUUCUUUCGAAAUUAACUCAAGCAAUUGUUUUUCAAUUAUAUAUCAGUCAUCGUUGGAAUUAGUGUUAGCAUUAAAGGGCAAUGUAGAAGUUCGACUUGUGAGUCCCUGGCUGGAUUUGCAGUGAGCAAUAUAUGUUACCAAAUGUUUGUUUAUGUUUGGAGUUGGGUUUUCCUGUAAACUGCAGCUCUUUGGUAGGGCUCACCAGGGUUGAGCAGAUUGGAUCAGUUAACAAACGUAUCUGCAGAGAUUGUGUGUCUAUCCAAUUGAGAAUUGAAUAUGUAUAUUGAUUACUUAGCUUCCUUCUUCCAGGACUGGAAGCCUCCUGUACUUUGCCGCUUAAGCUUUAUGCUACAAACAUUUAAUUUUGGAUUACAGUUUACUCUGAAA